AUCAGACAUUUAAUCGAGCUAUAUUACAGGUAAUAAACUCCACCUUACGCCAUGCCACGGAUCAUAAUCAAAGGAGGGGUUUGGAGAAACACUGAGGUAAGCCUAAUUUCCAGAUCCUUGUUGCAUGCGUAUGUGACGAUGGUAAACUCUUCACGAUUGAGACUAAAAUGUGAGAUAAUUUUAGUAUGGAUCUCCGACUGACUGUUAAAACAAAUUUUAUUUCGUUUCCUUCCUACAAGGAGUAGACAGCAAAGUAUAAGUUCCAUUCUCGUGUUUCAUUUGUAUUUUGAAUUUAGGAUGAAAUUCUAAAGGCUGCUGUAAUGAAAUAUGGAAAAAACCAGUGGUCCAGAAUCGCGUCUUUGUUACAUCGAAAGUCAGCCAAGCAGUGCAAAGCUAGGUGGUAGGUGUAGAUCUUUGGUAAUUUUUUUCGAAAUGUACAGCCAUUCAUUUGAGAAGUGUCCUUUAGACCGCCAGGAUCAGCGUUUUCAGAAGUCCUCAACAUAGAGAGAGAGAGAGAAAGUAAACAAGAUGGUAUACACUUAUUAAGGGUGUGAGUCAAAGUGUAUGAACCAAAUUGUCAGUAGUUUCAUUGUUUGCCUGCUCGUAUGGUGCUCUGUCACUAGUGACUGUGCUGUCUGAUGUGUUGGGUUUUUUUGUUAUUUAUCAGGUACGAGUGGUUGGACCCCAGCAUUAAGAAGGUAACAAAGCCAAUUUAGUUAAAUCAACUGAUUUUAUAAGGAAAAUUUGCCUCCACAAAUAAUUUAAAAGCUGAAACUUUGAGCAUUAGCCCUUUGUCAGAGCUGUGACAAAGAGCUAACCCUCCAAACAUCAGUUUAUUAACCCUUUACAGUGGCCAAUUUACAGUAGCAAAUCAGUUGAUAACACCAAAUCAUCUUGUAAUAUCCCCUCCCCCCCCUCCCCCACCACCAAUGCAACACCAUAGUUCCUUCAGAAAGUUACAUCAACACAUCAACAAUAUGAUAGGAAUCAAACAUAUUGAUACUAAACCCAAGCAAUUUUUAUGUUGCUGAACUUUUGUUCUUGGAUUAUGUACAUCAGGCUCUCUUUUGAGCCAAGUAUAUUGGGAAGCUUUUGCAUGGGUUCUGAAACUGAUGUGAAGAACAUUAUGAAAAGUUGCAUGAAAAAAUGGGAAAUGUUUAUUUUAAGCUGGGGCUUUAGAUGUAAACAGGGAUUUGCUUUUAAACUCUCAAAUUCCCUAAAAGUGUAUCAUGAGAUUUCAGAAAAGUUUUUCACCAAAUUUGUGGGAUAUACAUGAUGUCGCUAGAAGAUUGAACUUGGUCACUUUCCACAAGUUGAUAUGAGCAUGCAUGUCUUAUCUCUUCUGUUCUCUUCAGAAACUACUGUUUGCCUUUCUCUGGGACACAAAGUUAGAAUAUCUAGAUUCUUUUUGAUUUCAUGACCUGUAAGAGCCAGAAUAACUUUUAUUACUGUUUAUUCUUGCCAUGAACAGACUGAGUGGAGUCGUGAAGAAGAUGAAAAGCUGCUUCAUUUAGCAAAGCUGAUGCCAACACAAUGGAGAACCAUUGCUCCUCUCAUUGGUCGCACAGCAUCACAGUGCUUGGAACGAUAUGAGUUCCUUUUGUAAGCCAGUUUAUUUUAUUGAUUCAGAUAUAAGCUGAGCAAUUUGGGCUGAAAUUAGAGCAAGAGUAGAAUUAAAAUUGAGCUCUAGAGGUGAUCUUGGUCUAUGGCAGAGAGUUUUUGAUAAAAACAAUUUUCCAGUGCAUUUGAACAAUACCAAAGGGGCAUGUAUUCACUCACAAGCUAAGCUAUAUUAAAGAAAAACAAGAGAGAAUCUUUUACUUUCCACCAUUACCAUUAACCAGGUACAAUACCUGUUUGAGUGGAUUGAGUUUGGUUUUGAUUCUCUGCCUUAAUGGAAAAAUUUUCCCACCUUCUCCCAUUUUCCCCUCCCUGCAAAAAAUAUCCCUUGAAACUCAACUGUGCUGGAAAACAGUUGAUGAAGAAUUUCUGUGGGAUAUACACGGCAGCUGAUUUGUAGUUAUUUACUUAGUCCUCUUUUUAUUCAUUUAUUUCUCAGAGAUCAAGCUCAAGCUAAAGAAGGGGAAAAAGAUGAAGGUGAUGACCCACGCAAACUUCGCCCAGGAGAAAUUGAUCCCAAUCCUGAGACAAAGCCAGCAAGACCUGACCCUAUUGACAUGGAUGAAGAUGGUACUUGAUAACUUUCUUUUUAAGAUCUCUUACAAUUUACUUAUGUGAGACAAAAGAGAUGUACGUUUAGAUUAUAUCAAUGGUCAGUUCAUGUAACUGUUUUCAUAAAGUUUCUUUGUUUUUUGUAAUGAUCAGAGUUGGAAAUGCUGUCUGAAGCAAGGGCUCGUUUAGCUAAUACUCAGGGUAAAAAGGCCAAGCGGAAAGCUAGAGAGAAACAGCUUGAAGAAGCCAGGUGAGGUUGGAAACAGGAGUCUAAGAAUUGAUCAUACAAACUUUGUUUUAUAACAUAGCCAAUCAAAUUUAAUAGUUUAUUUAUUUAUUUAUCUUUUUUCUUUGUGAAUUUAUUUGAGUGAACAUGCUCCAUAUUCUCAUUCAGCAUGCUUAUGACGCUUAUAAUGAUUAUGUGUUGGCAUUGAAGGGCAAUAGAGGAAUUGAAUGACAGUCCCCAGAGGCUUAUAAGAGCUUCCCAUCAGUGGGGGGGGGCACUUGGAGCAUUUACUGUACAUGUGUGUAUAUGUACACUCUACAAACAGGUGUAUGAUAUUUUGAAUGAUGUUUUUUUUAGGCGACUGGCUGCCUUGCAGAAGAGGAGGGAACUGAGAGCUGCUGGAAUAGAGUAAGUUCAUUAUUACCAACAGUUUCCUACCAUCUUCUUUAAAUUCUUGGCCCAGUUGUUAUUCCUUUUAAUGUAGCCUUCCUAUCAAGUUUGGGCUCUCAUAAAAAAUGUGUCAGCCAGCAAUUGUCUGUUGCUUACUGUAAGAUUCAUAACCACUUACCUACUAAAUUUUCUCCCCACUUUAUUCCUAAUUUUUUUCUUCAUUUGUCAAUUCCACCUCAUUCAGGUUAAGUAAAUGCCUUCUUCAAACAUUUUCAAGGAAACUACCGUGAAGGAUAGUUCCUAUGGAGGGCAGAAACGAUAGAAUUACCAUGAAGAAAAUGAAACUGAGAAGGCUAAUUCACAUGUGAAUUACUGUAUAAUAUUCUCAUGUACUCUUGACUAAGAUAUUUGUAAUUAAAUUUUAUUUUUCAAACUUGAAGAAUACGAAAACACAGAAAGAAAAAGAGAGGAGUGGAUUACAAUGCUGAAAUACCAUUUGAGAAGAAACCAGCUCAAGGUAGAGUACUGUUGAUACAUUCAUGUAAAGUUUAAGAUGUACUUAUUUGAAAAUCUUUAAUCAGGGAGUGUUAGGGGUAACAACAGCAUAUUUCAUAGACAUGUACAUGUAAUUCACCCUGAGAUCAAGCCAGCUUACAAGACUGGUACCUAUUAAGGAGGUGAAAGAGCCCAUCCCCCUUUUGGUGGCAUGAAGAGAUUAUGCCUGUUGCUCCAUUUCCACAUGUUAUUGUUUCCCAGCAUUUCAGCUUCUUGGUGCUUCUCUCUUCUUCUUGAUGGUGAAAGGCAUUGUAACAGUUAAUAUUUCUGCCUAAGAACACAAGGCAAAAAUGGGGCCAGGCACUGGACAAAGAUUUCUUGAUUCAAAGUCAAAUGCACUGACUAUUUGGCCACCAUCUACCUUUUCCUGCCCUCCCCUGCCCUGCCCUUGAAUUGAGCAUAAAUAAUUAAGUUAGAAACAAUGUACUCCCCUAUUUUAAGCAUGAUAGGUAAAAGAAAUUUUCAAACUGAUAGAGCAACCCUUUUAGCUGUUGAAUUUUCAAGUAAUAAAAGUUGCUAGAGGUGGUGAAUUUUUUCUGGUUAGUGCCUGAAAAGGAGAACACUUUUGUUUUGACUGUUUCAAUUGACAAUGGCAGUGAUAAGGAGGUUGACAAUGAUGAUGAUAUAUUUAUUCAUUUAUAUUUUGGUAGGUUUCUAUGACACAGCUGAGGAGGAACUACCUGACUAUCAGCCAGAUUUCAAAAAACUUCGUCAGGAUCAUCUGGAUGGUAAAAUGAGAGAUGAUGUUGAGCAGGUGAAGAUCGAUUUUCACUUCCCAGAUUUAGUUAUAUUCAGUAGAGUCAAGACAAGACAGCAUCCAUUUCUACUGUAGAAUCAAAAAGUUAAAACUUUUUGUUCAAAUCAAACGUAUAGAAAGUGGGUAGUCUUCUAAAAUUACUGGGUGCCCUCCAUUUAUGAAUAGUAAAAAAAUAAACAAGUGUGAAAAUUGGCUUUACUGUGAUUAACGCUGCAAGGAGUGAAUCGUGAUGAUGAACCUGACCCUUUUAUCUCCAUAGUCAACAGAUAAAUUCUCCUUACCAGUCUCCAUACAUAUUAUUGUAACAGCUAUGGUGAGAAUUUGUCAAAGAUCAGGACAGCUUCUCUUUUGUUAGCUUGUCUUGAUCCUCUUGAGUUUUUCUUGAGACAAUGUCUUGAUAGUGUGCCCAGAAAUUUAUGCUGAUUAUUUUUGGGCUUAAAGAGAAAAUCAAACCUACGUAUUUAAAAUGAGCCCAUGGAUUUCUUCAUUUGACUUCAUUUUACAGCAAGAAAGAAAGAAAGACAGAGAGAGGAUGAAAAAGCGAAAAGAGACAGAUCUUCCAGGAGCUGUGAUGCAAAUUAACAAGUAAAUAUUAUGGCUUUGGCAACUGCUGGCUUGAUUUUAAUAACUGCAGCUGCUAAGUUGAUGAUGAGGUUCUGUUUAAACUGUAACAAUAAGAAGUGCAUCAAUGGCAGCAACAUCAGAGGUUAAGGAUGAUGUUUACAAGAAAGAGCAAAGAGUUAAAUCUAAUACUUUCCUCUCUGCUUUCAACCAUUUGUACAAGUCAGGCAUACCAAAUAUUCAACUUUGUUGUGAACAUGAAUUUUUUUUUAUUCUUUCAGUGUUGAUCUUCAAGAUUAGAGAAAAAGAGAGCAUUCUUAAGCAUCAUGCUUAAACUCACCCAUAAAAGUGUUGACAGCCAAACAACAUCAAUUCCCCCCCCCCUCAAAAAUAGCAAGACUGAAAAUAUCAAAACAGAAAAAAACAACAGGAAUUUGGCAAUUAACAAAAAGCAUCAAAACCAAAAGCCAUGACAACAAUUUGCAAUCAGCAGCUGUGACUAUUAACAAAACCUUAUUUGCAACAAUAUUCUCCACUCUAUCUCAUCUGAGAAAGUAAACAACACCCCCCCCAAAAAAAAAACCCACAACAAUACUACCAUUACAAUUUCACAAACAUAAACCAUGUGCUGAUUUUGUCCUCAUUGCAGACUUCAUGAUCCAGACUCAGUAAAGAAACGUAGCAAGCUUGUUCUUCCCAAACCUCAGAUAUCUGAUACAGAAUUAGAGGAGGUUUGUAAUUUGAAUGAUCUUCAUAUAUAUCUGUUAUGUUCACAAAUUCACACCCUGCAAAAUCUGUUGUCUUUUUAUUUUUUUUAGAUUGUGAAGAUGGGCCAGGCAAGUGAGACAGCUCGGUUAUCAGUUGAAGACAGUAACAUGGCAUCCAAUGCCCUUCUGAGUGAAUAUUCAGUUACUCCUGCGGCAGCCCAUGCUCUGAGGACUCCUCGAACACCUGCUGAACAAGAUACAAUUCUGCAGGUACUACAUGGAGGGUUUCUACUAUACACUGUGCACUGUGAAAAUGUUUUAAUUCAUGCUGAUCUUGGAGAUUUGUUCCUGAUUUGCAGUAAUAAGUUACCCCUGUGUUUAAUCUAUGAGAAGAGAAAUAUGGGUACUGGCAGGGUUAGAGACACAUUUUUCUUAACCUUUUGUUAUUCCUUUUGUUUCUUCCUCGUUACUGUUCUGCUGUAAAAUUUGCAAAAAAUUAGUGCCCAGCAGAAAAAUCAGUCAUCUUGAGCUGCUAAAUUAAAAUUCCUGCAAAAUUUUGUUCCAGUGCUCAUGGCUUACAUUUAUUUUGUGGUUGAUAAACUGAAACAAUAAAUUUUCUUGAAUCCCCAACACUAAAGCAUGUUGUCACGAUAAAUGAAUCGUUAACCAACUUGCUUUGCUCUGUUCAUCAGGAAGCCCAGAAUAUCCUGGCUUUAUCUAAUGUGGACACUCCUUUGAAAGGGGGUAUGAACACACCCCUCACUCAGAGUGACUUUGAGGGUGUUACCCCAAAACACCAAGCUGUUCAGACACCAAACAUGAUGCUAGCAACACCAUACAGGACACCUCAGGGAGAGAGUGGGGGUGAGUGUCGCAAGUUAAGGACCACUCUGUACUUGGAGUGGUGCAUACAGUGAUUCUUCAAGUCCUUUUUUACAUCUGCACAAAGUUAUUUCAGUAAAGUAAGAACCACUCUCUUGAACGCUCAUUUAAAAUCUCACUCAUUUACUAUCAGCUCUCUCAAAUCACUGCUGUCUCGAAAUGUUGAAAACACCGAAUAAUUAAUUAGACAUUUUUAGUGUGUAUGACUUUGUAAACUGUCUCUUAUUUUUGUUAAAGAGGUAACACACUUUACGUAAAAAUUUAGUUAUCUACAGAAAGUACUCUUUUAAGGUCAAUUGACGAUUCCAGUUUGUGACUCGAUAGAAUACGCAAAUAAAUGAAAAGAACAAUUCUCUGCGUUUUCUGUUUCGUCUGAUGUACCAUGCGUAGCUUUUCAUUCGACCGUAAAUUGUGUUUUGUGUCCUCAGGCGUCACUCCUCAUAGCAUGGCUGGUACCCCUCAGAGGGGAAGCUCUGCCACACCAGGGCGUGCAUCUGUGAGAGAUAAACUGAAUAUUAAUCCAGAAGAGUCGCUGGAGGAGUAUGAAGCAGGUUACAGAGCCAAAGAACAACAGGUAAGAAUUCUCUGACGGGUUCGCGCUAGACUUCGGGUUGAGAGGUCUGGGUUCGAGCCCUAGCUGGGUCGUUGUGUUGUGUUGUGUCUUUGUUUUUCGUGAUUGUUCAUGCAGGAAGAGCUAAAGCUCAUUUGAGAGCGGGUUUAGCAUAAUUUCCCUCUCCCCUCUCCACUCAUCGCGCUAAUCAUGUUUACAGGACUUGUUUUUCGUGAAUGCUACAUAAUGCAAACUGUAUUGUGUUCAUGCAGGAAGAACUGAAGGCUCAGUUGAAAGCGGGUUUGGCAUCACUUCCAGCGCCUUCUAAUGACUUUGAGAUAGUACUACCUGAGGUGAGAUGCUUUUCUUUCUUUUAUUGUACCCAUACUUGGGUUAUGUUCAGCGCUGUAGAGAUUUCUUUAAAAUAGUUUUUGAUGUGAUCGUUUCAGUUUGGUAUUUACCCAAGCUAUGACCAGAAGCCUCUUCAUUUUUUUUCCUUUGGCAAUGUUUGCUUUCUGUUUAUUUUUUUGUUUAUUUUUUUAUUUAUUUCUUUUCACCUCCUUUGAUUUUACGCGUUUCCCAAGUCGAGUAGAGUAUGUAACAUGAAAUUUCUUCUGUUACUAACAGACCGCUGAGGGUGAAGUAGAGGAGACUACAGAUAAUGGUUUCGUUGAAGAUGCAGCAGAUGUCGAUGCCAGGAAAAUGGCCAUGAAAGCUGCCGAAGGUUUGGAACUAGACACUUAUCUAAGAUAUUCUUUUUUCGAUUUGUGAGCGUUAGAUUUAAUCACCAACGAUUGGCUUAGACUCUCCGAGCAUAAUUUGCCCUACUUGUUUUUAGUUUGAUUUUUCAGAGUAUAAAUACAUGUCUGUUGUUGUUUUGUUGAAUUUUUUUACAGAACUUAGAGAAUUAAAACGGCGGUCUCAGGCCGUACAGCGGGACAUGCCACGCCCAUCGGACGUUAACGCUACUGUUCUAAGGCCGGCCAAUGUUGAACCACCCCUCACAGGACUACAGCAGGUAGAAAGAGGAAAGACUGUAGUAAAUGUUUAAACUAAACACUUUGUUCGCUCGGUUUGGUCCAGUUUGGUUCGGUUUGCCAAUUACUAACAUACUUUCGGUAAAGUUCGGUCGCUCUUUUUGCUCGUUUGUGCCCUCUAUGAGUGGGUUAAUUCGCUGUUGCGUUGGUUCGCUCGUUGGUGACGGGUUCGUCGGUUUACUACAUCUUUUGCUCUUGCACUCUAUUAAUGUCCUAUUGUCGUGUCAAAACAGCGAAGUUUCGCGAACAACACUCCCAUGCAGUUACCCUCAGUCAAGUCGCAUUUCUCUGAGCUCUUUUAGCAAAAGAAGACAGAGAAAAAGAAAACACUGCUAUGUUUGAAAAUCUUUACGUGUCAAAUUAAUGCUUUGCGAAUUUUCUGCGUUAGGCGGAAGAACUCAUCAAACGAGAGAUGGUGACCAUGAUUCGACAUGACGUCGUCAAUCAUCCAACAGCUCUACAGAUCGAAAACUUGACUCACAAGAAAUCCAAGAAUUCUGCGCAGGCUGUUAUAGCAGCAAAUCAAGCGGCUCUUCAAAAUGAACCUUUGGAAUCGUUUUCAGAGAAAGAGAUCGGUAACGCGAAAGAGCUUCUGGCGAAGGAAAUGGAAUUCGUCAAGUCUAAAAUGGCUCAUGGAGAUCUGCCCAUUGAGAGCUACACUAAAGUGUGGGAAGAAUGCUACGCUCAGGUACGGCGAUUUAAUCAUCGCUUUUUUCAACACCACAUAGUUUAGCUUGUAAAUUCGUAGUAACAUAAAAGUAUGACCUGGAUCCUGAAAAUUAGUUUGUUAAGCCCCUGUAGAGUUAUCUUUUGGCUGCCCAAUAUAACAGUGAGCGUAACUACAGGGGUAGCGAGGGACAAGUUUUGAACUGAAAUAUUGGUGUUUCACUAUGUCUCCUUUGCAGCCUUGGUUAUUUUCCGUCACGCAACGCUGUUUGCGAAAGCUUUUUUCGCGACGAGAUAACACAAUAGCGGCGAAGGAGACUGAUGAACGGACCCCACCAACAACGUUAGAAAUGUAGUUGAUGCGCUAGGCUGUGAAAAGGAUUCUAAACACUUCUCAGCUACGAAAAGUCUUUGCAGAGAAGGUUGAUUUUGAGCUUAGUCAUCUUAUUAGGGCUAGGGUUAGAUGCACAAGUGCUGUCAAGUCUUUAAAGUAAGCCCCCAUGUGUGUCCAUUUAGUCGAAAGAUUCGGAGCUGUAUAUUAAUCUCUAUUAAAGAGGUUCCAUUUGUCAAACUAGACUGCUCGUGUCUCCGACAGGUUUUGUUUUUGCCGACACAGCAGCGAUAUACAAGAGCUGCUUUGGCCAGUAAGAAAGACAGGCUGGAAUCCUUGGAGAAAAAACUUGAGGUAAGAGACUGCAUCGUCUUUGUAAAUGUAUAUUGCUAUGUAGACUGUAGAAGUUAUUACAUAAGUACAAGAGAAUAUACAAAAAUGAAUAAAUAUGCUGUAUAAAAGAAUGAACUCGAAAGACAUACACGGAACUAUUUUAACUAAAAUUAUGCAGAUUCCAAGUUCGCGGCAUGUCACUAAGACAGUUCUUUGCACGUAGUAUUGUAGUCGCACGGAGCAUGAUAAUUACGGUACACAACAGAAGCUAAACGACAAAUUUUUUCUCUAUCUUUUUCUUUUGAUUACUGCUAAAGAUGAACCGAACACACAUGACAGAAGACGCGAAACGUGCAGCCAAAGUUGAGAAGAAACUGAAAGUUCUUCUCGGUGGCUACCAGGUAAGAACAUACUCUGUUUCUGUUUGAUUUUACUUAAUACGUUUUAAACCAUAUUUCGCUUGACGCCUCGUGACCAAAUCCAAAAUCGUCAUAACGUUUAUUAGUGCACAGAAAAUUUUAGAACUUAAAGAGAAAAAAAAAUCGAACAGCUUUAAUUGGAGCGAACGAUUAAGGAUUGAUUUUGAUUGGUUUCCGUUUUGAUUCUGAUGGGUAGGCAGGUCCAUGCUAGAUUUCUUCUUCAAUUUCCGGGCUAAGAAAAGCCAUACUGACACAAUCCAGGUUACUUCCCUUACUGAAUUGCUUAAUUGAAGUCUGAAAGGGGACAAAAAAAUGAAUUUUAAUCAGUUUAAGUAACCAAACAUCCAGUAUCUUUGCAAAUACCAAGACGGACUUUUUCUAAAGAAAGGAAUGGCAUAUGGCAGUAAUGUGCAAGUUUGUGCUUCUUUAGUCUUUCCAAUUCUUUUGUCAGUGAGCCUGAAAACUUUGAAGGCUAAAGUUUACAUAUUAAUAUUUUCUAUGGACAGAAAUAUUAGGGAGUUAUUCUCUCAGCGUUUCGGUCUGAUAUAUAUUUCCUUGCAGACCCGAGCUGUUGGUUUGACGAAACAGAUUAACGAUCUCUACGAACAAGUUGAACAGGCGCACAUGGAGAAAGAAACUUUCAGUUCCCUGAGAGAACAUGAACUGAGAGCUAUUCCCAAGAGAGUUGAGGUAAUAAGAAAGUGUAUUAUUUUCACUCCUAAUCUAAACUUAUCUUGUUGUCUGGCCAAAGGGUAAACCUUUGUGGAAAUAUUGGGAAGGACUUCUUCCCUCCCUUUCCCCCCCCCCCCAACCCCCUUAUCUCAACUCUUACAUGUAUCUCUCGUCGAGCGUCCAACUUUAUUGAUAUCCAAGGAAUCUUGAGUCAAGGAACACUUUUAUUGCCCAGCUUGAUUUCACGAUUUUUGGUCAAAGAAACUCUUGUACGACGUUGUGUUUUUAUUCGCCAUUUUAAGUUCCACGACUGGAACUGCACACACUUGUGUAAAUGAUAAUCAUUUUCUGGUGGGUAAGUGUUUAACAUUUUAAUCCGAACGUUCAAGAAGCCGUCAUUGUCUUCAUGGUUGAAAAAAAAAAGAUUUUCUCCUGGAAUUACCAAUUUUUAAUAAUUGGAAGAGGUGCCUGAGGUAAAUAGUAUGAUUUUUUUGGAAACUUGUGGAGUCCUCUACCGAGAGAGUUGUGAGUCCGAUCCUUAUAUCUCCUUCCCUAAAUUUGGGGGAGGGGGAGGGUUGGUCUGUGAAGGCUUUGGGAACCUUCUUUUUAUUGCAUUACAUUACAUUACAUGGUGAUUAUUUUUUUCUCCUGUUUCCUUUCAGGCUCUGAGAGACGAUGUGAGAAGACAAACCGAUCGUGAAAACCAACUUCAAACUCGUUAUUCCAACCUGCUGUAUGAACGAGGCGCGACCUACAGUCAGAUGCAACACCGCUGAAAAUCCACUCUGUUUCUCUUGCGUCGUUUUCAGGGCAUGAAGUGCCUUAGUGUCGAAGAUUUUUUAACACAUCUCAAAACGCAGACAACUUCUGACAUUAACGUGCACUUGCAAAUAACCGACUUGAAGAUUUCUAUCAAGAGAAACUUUGUUGUCAUUGGAAAUCUGUCUCUUGGAAGUUUCAAUUUCGAAACUAUUGUCACGCUGAAAUGACAGUGAGGUGUUUUUGUCGAGCUACAGUCUCAGAAUUAAUUUAAUUAAUUAAUAAUCGAAGGGAGAACUAGAAAUUAGACGUAGGGAAUAAGUGAACACGAGACAAAGCACUUCGUCGCCGCCAUAUUUAUUCACCUACACGGACGGUAACCCUUUGAUUCAUUAUCGGUAAACCUCGUCUUCUCAGUUCGUUAGUUGACUCGACCCAAGCCUCCCUCGUUUAUUUACUAUCGCGCUUCGUUUUUCUAACUGAAAGCCUGAAACAGACUAGUCUUCUUGAUACUGUAGUGACCAGACUAAAUUUUUAUGAAAUAAAAGAGUUGUUUAUUAAUUUU